AUGAGUCGGGGGGCGCUGCUGGUCCUGGCCUUGCUGCUGUAUUCGGGCUACUUGCUGCUGGGAGCCCUCGUGGUUUCGGCUAUCGAGCGGCCCCACGAGAGCCGCCUGCGGGCGCAGCUGAGGGCGCUGAAGGGGGAACUGCUGGAGCGCAGCCCGUGCCUGGACGACUCGACGCUUGAGAGCUUCCUGAAGAGCGUACUAGAGGCCGGGCGCCACGGAGUGUCGGCGCUGCACAACGCUUCGGCGCCCAGCAGCUGGGACUUCGCCUCGGCGCUUUUCUUCUCCAGCACCCUCAUCAGCACCGUGGGUUAUGGCUAUACCACACCUCUGUCGGAUUCAGGAAAGGCCUUCUCCAUCUUCUUCGCCUUGUUAGGGGUGCCAUUUACCAUGCUGGUGCUGACGGCCACUGCCCAGCGAGUGGCCUUGCUGGUGACCCAUGCCCCGCUUCACUGGCUGCAGUUCCACCGUGGCUGGGACCAAAGACUGCUGGCCCGUGGGCACCUGGUACUGCUGCUGCUGGGGGUGCUAGCCCUCUUCUUCCUGGUGCCAGCUGCCAUCUUUACCUACCUGGAGCAGGACUGGACUUUCCUUGAUGCUUUUUACUUCUGCUUCAUCUCACUUUCUACCAUUGGGCUGGGAGACUAUGUGCCAGGUGAACAGGAAGGUCAGAAGAACAGGGCCCUUUACAAGGUGCUGGUCACAGUGUACCUGUUCCUGGGGCUGGUGGCCAUGGUCCUAGUUCUCCAGACCUUCCGGCGUGUAGCUGACCUCCAUGGCUUGACAGAGCUCAUCCUGCUUCCCCAGGAGUGCCAGGCUGAGGAUGAUGAAGAUGAGCACACAGAUAUCCUGGACUCCAGGGCUCAGCCCACUCACCAGCAGCUCAAUUCAGGCACCCACUCAGACUAUGCUGCCAUUCCCCGGUAGUCCUUCUUGCCUAGGCCCUGCCUUGGGGGCCUGAUGCGGGACUGAGCCUCAUUUUAUCUUUGUUAUGACUGUUCUCUGUGUCUAAUCGAUAAGUCCUCAUGUCCAUUGGCAUGGGAUAAUAUUACAAGUGUUUUCUUUUUGUGCA